AUGAACGUUAAUGACUCCACACCAUUACUUGGUAAUACCAAAAACUCUGUACAAAGAGUUUUUAUGAGUACUUUAAAAUCAUCUCCAGUUAAUUAUUUAUUAAUUUUCGUCCCCCUUGGGUUAAUUGCCGGAUUUUUUGAAUGGUCGAGUAACUCCAUUUUUUGGAUUAACUUUUUAGCUAUCGUCCCAUUAGCCUCCAUUUUGGCUUAUGCUACAGAAGAAUUGAGUGAACAUGUUGGACAAACUAUCGGUGGUUUAUUGAAUGCUACCUUUGGAAAUGCCGUUGAAUUGAUCGUUUCAAUUAUUGCCUUGAAAGAUAAUCAAAUUAGAAUUGUUCAAGCAAGUAUGUUGGGGUCAAUUCUUUCCAAUUUAUUAUUGGUUUUAGGGUGUUGUUUCGUAGCUGGAGGUAUUACAAGAGUUCAACAAACUUUUAAUCAAACAGUAGCUCAAACUAUGAGUUCAUUAAUGGCAUUAGCAACUUCAGGAUUAUUAAUUCCUGCUGCUUUCCAUUCAACUUUACCUUUACCAAAGAAUAAAGAAGGAUUCCCAGUUCCUGGAUCAUCUGAUGAUUUAAUUAUUUCAUUAUCUAGAGGAGUUUCAAUCAUCUUAUUGGCAGUUUAUAUCUUAUAUUUGGUUUUCCAAUUAAAGACUCAUAAAGCAUUAUUUGAAGAACAACAAGAGACAAAUGAACAAAUCAUUACUUCAUUACCAGAAGCUUCAUCUAAACCAAAUGGUGAAGAAGGAUUAAAUAUUCCUGAAUCAUUAAUUGUUUUAGUUGUUUCAACUAUUUUAGUUUCAUUCUGUGCAGAUUAUUUAGUUGGUAGUAUUGAUGAUAUUGUUGAGAGUUCAGGAUUAUCAAAGACUUUCAUUGGAUUAAUUGUAAUUCCAAUUGUUGGUAAUGCUGCUGAACAUGUAACUGCUAUCAUUGUAGCCAUGAAAGAUAAAAUGGAUUUAGCUAUUGGAGUUGCAGUUGGUUCAUCAUUACAAAUUGCUUUAUUCGUUACACCAUUUAUGGUUUUAGUUGGAUGGGCUAUUGAUAUUCCAAUGACUCUUUAUUUUUCAACUUUUGAAACCGCCAUUUUAUUUGUAUCAAUGUUUAUUAGUAAUUUAGUAAUCUUAGAUGGAGAAUCCAAUUGGUUAGAAGGUGCUAUGUUAUUAUCGACAUAUAUUAUUGUCGCCAUUGCCUUUUUCUAUUAUCCUGAUACACAAAUCAGUUAG